GGAUUUUGCUGGAGUGGCAGCACUGCAUAUGUCACUAAGCAUCUUUGGCCGUUCGCCGUUCCGCCGUAUAAAUCCUCAAGCAUUUUGUGUUCCCGGGUAACGAGUUCGGCGCCGAAAAAUUCGAAGCCGUUCAACUAAGCAACAUUAAUUUUGCCAACAAAGAACAACGUUCGUACGAUAUUCGUUAGAAAAAAAUACUAUGGAGAAAAUGGAAACGACUCCCGUCAUCACGAACAAUACCGGCCCCGAGAAGGACGCCGACGUUCCCGCGGACGAAAUGACUUCAAGGGAUUACUACUUCGACUCGUACGCACACUUCGGCAUUCACGAAGAGAUGCUGAAGGACGAGGUACGGACGCUCACAUAUCGGAACUCUAUGUAUCACAAUAAGCACUUGUUUGCUGGUAAAAUUGUGAUGGAUAUUGGCUGUGGCACAGGCAUUCUGAGUAUGUUUGCUGCAAAGGCAGGUGCAAAGAAGGUACUUGCUGUUGAAUGUUCCAACAUUGUGGAUUAUGCCAAGAAGAUUGUUGAGGCUAACAAAUUGGAUCAUAUUAUUUCAAUUAUAAAGGGGAAAGUGGAAGAAAUCACUCUACCUGAUGGCAUUGAAAAAGUUGACAUAAUCAUCUCUGAAUGGAUGGGCUACUGUCUGUUUUAUGAGAGCAUGUUGGACACAGUACUGUUUGCUAGGGAUAAGUGGCUAGCACCUAAUGGUCUACUUUUCCCGGAUCGCUGCUCACUCUUUAUUACUGCCAUUGAGGAUCGCCAGUAUAAGGACGAGAAGAUCAAUUGGUGGGACGAUGUCUACGGUUUCGAUAUGAGUUCGAUUCGUAAGGUCGCGAUUAGCGAACCGCUAGUCGACGUCGUUGAUCCCAAGCAGGUCGUUACGAACGCAUGUCUUGUAAAGGAAGUCGAUCUCUAUACGGUGCAGAAGAGCGAUCUGGAAUUCUCAGCGCCUUUCCAUCUGCAGGUCAGACGCAACGACUACGUGCAGGCGCUGGUCACAUUCUUCAACGUGGAAUUCACCAAGUGCCACAAGCGUGUCGGUUUCAGCACAGCGCCAGAAGCAGCCUACACGCACUGGAAACAAACCGUCUUCUACUUCGAAGAUUACAUGACCGUUAAGAAGAAUGAAGAAGUUUAUGGUACGUUUGAGAUGCGACCGAACCCUCGCAACAAUCGUGACUUGGAUUUCGUCAUUGAGAUCGACUUCAAAGGCGAGCUCGGCGAUGUGCAUGAAGUCAAUAGGUACCGAAUGCGUUGAUAGUGCUUCCGGUCGAUUUGCACAACCCUACCAACAGUAACCUAGCGAGUUUCAAAAUUUACGUUUUUACGGACCUAAGAUAACCAAUUGACAUACACUUAUUUGUAUUAUUUGUAACUAUACUUAUUAUAAUGCGAGUUGUUCUUUUUAAGACUAGAUGCGGCGGUUGAAAGAGGUUCAAUUUCUCGAAGGUAGCUCAUACAUGCGAUUUAUUCAUUUUGAAAACUAUUUUCAACGUGAAUUUCGGUGUUGCUGCAUACUUAAUAUUAAUCACAUGUAUUCAUCCAAGCAUCAUGAUCUGACAUCUCAAAUAGUGGGUGGUUUUACACAAUUUUCCUUAUUGUUUUAUUAUUAUUUUUUUACAUGAAGCCAAACUGAUUCUUUUGAACACCUACAUUUGAGUUUUAUUGAUGUUACCUUUUUCGCGUUGUCGACGUAAAUAGCUUUUGAUUUCGCUUGAGACCUAAGAAGUAAUUUAAAUUUCAACACUGCAAUGCUUACCAGUGUUGUUAAUAAGUGUUAUUGGUUCUAUCAUUAAAAACUUGAUCGAAUGUUUCGAAUACGGAAAAUAUCCAGUGGCAUCCUGAAGGAAGUCACUCGGGAAGGUUGGAGUGAGGACGAAAUAGUGUGAGGGAAUAUUUUAUCUUGACAACUUGACUUAUUUUGAAUAUAAUGUAUAGCUAUAAAAAAUAUCAUAAUAAAUUAGGAGCGACUGUAAGACUAUGUAAAGAA